AUGAGACGCGAGAAAUUCAUCCCCUUCGCCUGGUACUGGGAAGGCAGACCCUUCCGCGAAAACCAGAUCAGACCUGUCUACACCGGUCCAGAGCCCUAUUCUCCCAGCACACUUGCAAGCUGCUGUCCCAGUCACUCAGCUGCAGAAGCGGUCCAUUCCCACUCGACGUCGAAUUCGACAUCCAAAACCCAUGAAUGCCCUGAUCAUCAACACAUGGAGCCUGACUGCUGCUCCUCUGAGACGUGCUGCGAAAGCGCAGAGGACACUGAGACAGAAGAUUGCUGCUGUUCUUUAUGCUGUGGUAAUGAGCAUACCACUACCACUUCGACGACCUCGACCUGUACCCUGCCAUCAGAGUCACCCUCGUCGUCGUCAUCGUCCUCUGCAUCGACAUGUUCGACAGCAAGCAGCACCCCAUCGACUAUCCACUACCACUCCCACGCGUAUUUCUGCUAUCCCGGGUACGACUGUCCGUCACAGGCUCCAUACGUAUCAGAACCAUCUUGCACCUGCGCAUCCUGCCAGACCUACUACUACCCACCCGCUCCUGCGCCUGCGCCUGCACCCACUACUCGCACAACCAAGCACCAAUGCCCCGACUACCCACCACCGACCCAAUCCCGAGCCAAGAAGACUCCCAAAACUGCUGCAGACACUUACCACCAGUGCCAUCCCAGCAACCACUAUCCGCACUACCCGCACUACCCGCGUACGAAGGCUCGUGCUCACUUCGACGAGCCCUGUGAAGACGGCUCCGACACUGCUACCAUAUCGUCAGAGUAUACGGACUCUGUGUAUGUGGAUUGCGAGAAGGAGACCUGUGAGUGUUGUAGUCCGGCUUGGUGGUAUCGUGAUCAUCCGGCUUUUCGGAAGAGGUGUUAG